AUGAAGAGGAUACGACCGGGAAGAUGGUCGGGUCAGUUGCUCAGCGCUGCCCGGCCAUCGUCAUGGGGUUUGCCUAUCAAUAGCUUCGCAAGCGCCACAACCACCUCCACGUCUCAAACAUGCAGACACCUGCAGCAGUUUCCUCAAGCUCGCCUACAGUCAACUGUCGCCAGCCCUCAACAGAUCACCGAAGACACCCCCGUCUAUCACCAAUACCCAUCACCGCCUCCCUCCCGAGCACGCGAUUCUGCCAAGCUCGGUGCCCUCCACGCACGCUUGGCUUUGUCGGAGAAGGUCCCCCUAGAAACUGUAGCCCGGACUCUUAUCGACCGCUCCGCCGACAAGGAUAUUCGUUUCAACAAUUACAGCCUCUCGAAGCUCGGCGCCCAGCUCAUCGAGUACCAUGUGAAUGAGUGGCUGAUAUGCCGGUAUCCCAGGCUUCCGUAUAGUGUGCUUUUGGCCGCGCGCGACGGUUAUGCUGGCGAGCUGUCUUUGGCUGACAUCUCCAAGUCGUGGGGUGUCGAGUCGGCUGCCGAACCUGGUGGUGAGGUUGACCCGGGUCUUUUGCAGUUUUCUGUCUGGUACCCAAAGCCGAAGCUGGACGACCCUGAGCACAACAGGAUCCAGCAGAUAUUAAAGAACAACUUCAGGCUACUGAUGAAGGGCCAGGUGGCUUCGGCUACCGAUCCAAGUGAAGUGGGCCCUGCCAUGGGUAUUGAAGCCAGUAAACCACAGCAACCCGAGACCAUCUCGCUGUUGCCCUCAAAAGGCGUGGACAAGAUCCGUAUCGCCCGCGAAGCGCACUCGAACUUUGUGCGGGCCCUCGUAGGCGCUGUGUACGCCCACUGUGGGCGCGAGGCGGCCAAGUUGUUCAUCAACGCGCACAUCCUCUCACGCCAUCUCGACCUUGCGACUCUCUUCUCCUUCAAGCGCCCAACCAUGGAACUCGCCCGCCUCUGCGCUCGCGAGGACUUUGAAGAGCCCACUGCACGCAUCCUCUCCGAGACGGGCCGUCACUCGCGCACCCCCGUCUUUGUUGUUGGCAUAUUCAGCGGCAACGACAAGCUUGGCGAGGGCUCUGGCGCGAACCUCCAGGCUGCUCGUGCCAACGCUGCCAUGAACGCGCUCAAGGCUUGGUACCUCUAUAGCCCCGGACCAGACGUCCGUGUGCCGAGCGACAUGCUGGUUGAGGGUGCCAAGCCAUGGACGCCAGCCUACGUCGACAUUGGAGAGAUAAUCUGA